CUGUUUACUCGGUCUGCUGCGCUGCUACGUUGUUUGUCACUUUCUUUCCUCAAUGUCUACCCCGGAUACGGUGCGAUACCACUCCGCGCGCUCACAAUGUUUUCCGGAACCUCCCGAUUUACAAAUGAAGUACUGUGUUUGCGCAUGUAGCUAUUCGAUGUCUGUGAAUCCUAAUGCAAAAUUAUUUCAGAACAGAAAUGUAGACUUUUAUUUUUCAUGCCUGUGAUUUAAAUUUGUUUUAUCCACAGUUCCAUUGGACAUGCACUGGGGACAAGGCAACACGGUUCAGUAACGAUAUCAGCAAAACCAGGAAAUGUCCAAACACAGGGAGAGCAUCAUGUCACGAUCAGCAUUAACAAGGGAGCUCUUGGGCCAGUACAUCUCAGACACCCUCAGCCACAUUCACAGAGUGAGGGAGUUCUGUGACAGGCAUUCCAAAUGGGCCCUUCAGAGGGAGACAGAACUGGAAAUGAUGAGGGACAUCAAGGAGAGGGCAGACAGAAUUGACCUUAAGUUCGACCAUGUCCGUAACUCAGCGACCAAGGCCAAGGCGUUUGGGGAGUUCGUAUGGAGCGGUCUGACCCAGGUGACUGCAGACAGUAGGCGUGAGGAGCUGGAGAAGGAGCUGGGAGCUGUACUAAAGGACACUCUGGGAGGCCUGGAGAAGCUGGAUUACUUCCUGGAUGCUGUGGAGUGUCUGGCGGUCACCUGUCUGUUGGUGUUUGAGGAGAACAGGUUCCUCUGUCUGCCUCAGGGGACGAGCCCUGCCAGUGUUCAGGCUGUCAUCAUUGCUGCCAGAUUGGCCUGCCCUCUCCUCAUCUAUUUUAAGAGGGAUGCUAAGGCCUUCUUUAUUCCCAGCCUCCUCAAUGUAGAGGUGCUGGCCUGCCAACUGGAUAGAUACAUACAAAUCAGCCAGCAGGUCUGUAAAAGGAUGGAGAAGGGUAGCUACAUCAGUCAAAUGCUGUUUUGGAAAAAGAAGAAUGACAUCCCUGUGGUCAACCUUGGUGCUGAUGUGAGUGAAGAGUCCAUACAAAAGAUGCUGGACCAUUUGAAUCAGCUGAGUGAUAUCAGGAUGGACCAGAACCUCAGACUGACGUUCUUGUUCCAAGGGGCUGCUCAGCGCUUCAUUGGUCAGUUCAGCCAGCGCCGGCCCAGGAUGGAGCAGUUUCUGACCGAGUUGGAGGAGAGUGCUGUGCAGCUGGACAGGAUGAAGCUGGGGGCUAAGAUCUCCAGUGUGGCAGGCAGCUCAGUGGGGGUGGUUGGAGGGAUCCUAUCCAUCGUGGGCAUAGCUCUGUCCCCUGUCACUGGUGGAGUGUCACUGGCCCUCACAAUUGCAGGGGCCAGCCUGGGGGUCACCAGUGGGGUCAACAGUAUAACCACUGGUAUCACAGAGAUGAAGGUCAAUAGCAUCCAUGAGAAGAAAGCCAGUGAAAUAUUCCAGAGUUUCAUGGAGGAUGUGGAGAGUCUCCAGGAGUGUCUUGAGGAUGUGGCCAGGAAUAUGAAGCCCAUCCUGGAGCAGAGCAGGGUGGAUGUUGUGCUGGGAGCAGGGAAGGUGAUUGUCACAGCCGGGGCCAUCGGAAAAGGCUUCGACUCCAUAAUGGACUGUGCUUCAGCUCUGAGUGUGAAGGCCUUUGCUAAUGAAGAUCUGAUCGCAAGCGCUGGUAAGCUGGUGUUCCAGGAAGGCAAAGCAGCACGAAACCUACCCAAGCUAGCAGGGGACAUCCCGGACAUUGGACAGGUGGCGAAAGGCACCCCACUAGCCCUCUCCAGCUCGGCGCGGGCUGGUUUCAUCACCUUCAACGCCCUCUUCAUUGGCCUGGAUGUCUUCUUCAUCUGUAAAGACAGCGUCAGCCUGGCCAAAGGCAGCAAGAGUGAGAGAUCCCAGCUCAUCCGUGCCAGAUCAGCAUUGUGGCGCACAGAGCUGGACUCCUGGCAAAGGAUCCAUGACUCGCUGUGUAGAGGAAUUUGGAAGUCCAGGAAGUGCCAGAGAAUCCUGGAGCAGCCAUUUUACCCUCUGGAGCAGAAUCUGAAAGAGAAAAAAUCUAUGUGUAUGACACAGUAGGACAACAUCAAUGACUUACCAGUUUUAAGAUAGGGCCUCUCAAACAUACUGUACAGUGGCACUUGGAAUGUUCAACAGUCAAAAAUAGAUGUCACAAAGUACUUUAAUUUUAAUGAAUCAUUCUAUACACAAGAGUCUACAAAACAAAAAUGAAGGUAAUUUGAUGAAAUGUAUUCAGUUUAUUACUUGUUCAGAGUAGUCUGUUUAAUGUCAUGCCCUGUUUACAAUGUGUUCAGUCAAAAUACUGAAAGUGAAAUGUAAUAAUGUUUCUAUGAUUGUGCUGCUGACAUGUACCUUCAUAGACAGAAGACAUAUUCCUCACUUCACUGGAAGUUGAAGAUGUCUUGCUAACAGGCAAUGAAACAUGUUAGUACAAUUUAUUCUGAUGUUGACUUGUGUGGAAAUGUUAUGAAAUGGACUGAUCAUGUCUGGCCUUUUUUGUGUUAAUAAUAAUAGGCCUACUUGCUGGUAUUCUGAAGGGGGAAAUAUAUAUAAAAAGUGGUCUUUGGUACUGCAUUCUCAUCAUGACAAUUUAAUACCAGACAUCAGUGAUCCUGGCCUCCUCCAGGAUCGCCGUGGACGAUGUCCCUUUGGACCCCCAGAGAGGAACCCCUCCCAACUAGGCGUCCUCCACUGUCACCUGCCUCUCGGAAUCCUUGCCCUGCCUCCUCACCGCCUCCCUGGUUCUCACCCACACCACGUCAAACACCCCUUCUGCCUAGGAUGCCAUUUCCCACAGCACUCUUCCCCGCCUCUCUCCGAUAAGGAUUAUUCGCAACCCUGAGACCUCAGAGGGACUGCUUGGCCUAAAUGAACAAACAGAAUAACAUAGUUCUAUUUCAUUGCAUAUCUCUUUAAACAACCUUUUCUCACAGUAUGUACUAUAGCUGAAAAUGAAAAUCACUAAUGAGAUCAUUACAAUCAUUGUAUUGAGACUGUCAGGACAGUUUAUCUGACUGCUGUGUUUUCACUUCCUGUUUCUAGUUUUGCCAGGAUAGAUCAAAAACUGACCUGGUUGAAAAUCUGAGCUUUCAUUUCCACUAUGACCUCAUCUGAAUCCACUGUUUAUCAUACUUGUAUGAUAUGGCAACACACAACCAGUGCCUUCAAAUAUACUCCACUUUCAUCAGAACAAUAUAUACAACAUCUGUUUUCCCCAGUCCUCUCCCUCCCAUCUUGUCUGAAUGGCUUACGGUCUACAGCCAUGAGUCUGGCUGUGACACAGCCCCAAACGAUAUUGUAUGGGAACAGCUUCUUUGUGCCUGAGGGAGACUCCGCUUCUGGACACUGGCUCAGUGCCAGAUGAGUUGGGAGGGGUAGUUUCUGGCAAUAACAAAACAGACUCACUUAUCAGUCACACAUCUCUGGCAAACAAGAUUUAAUGUAAGAGCUCACCCUUAGUAAAGAAUGAAGUUCAUAUGUCAUUAUGUUUGAAGAUCUCAAACAGCUACAUAUUAAUUAUUUGGCAAAUAAAAGCAGACUGGAAGAACA